AUGGCGGCUGGGAACGCGAAAGGUGGUUUCGCGCAUCGGAACAAAUCUGUACCCAAGAAAACAGAUGCUAAAUCACUUAAGAGGAAAAGGGGCCAAGAGGAUCUGGGGAAGUUGAAGGCUGCCAUUGAAGAGCUGGACCCCAAGUCUCCCGCUAUCAAGCAGUUCACCGACCUCCCCCUCUGCGAAGCCACCGCUUCCGGCUUGCGCGCUUCCCACUUCGAAGUCCUGACCGAUGUGCAACGAGCUGCCAUUCCUCUAGCCCUCAAGGGCCGCGACAUUCUCGGCGCCGCCAAAACGGGUAGUGGGAAAACGCUCGCUUUUCUGGUGCCGGUUCUCGAGAAGCUCUACCACGCGAAAUGGACAGAAUACGACGGGCUCGGCGCCCUCAUCAUCAGCCCGACCCGCGAGCUAGCAGUACAAAUAUUUGAGGUGCUGCGGAAGAUCGGGCGGAACCAUUUUUUCUCGGCCGGUUUGGUUAUCGGGGGCAAGAGUCUGAAAGAGGAGGCUGAGAGGUUGGGGCGAAUGAACAUCUUGGUGUGCACACCCGGGCGGAUGUUGCAGCAUCUAGAUCAAACUGCGAACUUCGAUGUCAACAACCUGCAAAUCCUGGUGCUGGAUGAGGCGGAUCGGAUCAUGGAUAUGGGCUUUCAGUCGGCCGUCGAUGCGUUGGUCGAGCAUCUCCCUACGACAAGGCAAACACUCCUGUUUUCGGCCACGCAAAGCAAGCGCGUGUCGGACCUGGCACGGCUGAGUUUGAAGGAACCGGAAUACGUAUCGGCACAUGAGGCAGCUGUGAGCGCGACCCCAACAAAUCUGCAACAAUCCUAUAUUGUGACGCCCCUGGCAGAGAAGCUCGAUACACUGUUCGGUUUUCUGCGCACCAAUCUUAAGAGCAAGAUCAUCGUCUUCUUCUCGUCGGGAAAGCAGGUUCGGUUCGUAUUUGAGAGCUUCAAGCGCAUGCAGCCCGGCAUUCCAUUACUGCAUCUCCACGGGCGGCAAAAGCAGGUGGCGCGCAUGGAGAUCACCUCCCGUUUUUCUUCGGCAAAAUAUGGGUGCCUCUUUGCCACAGACGUCGUUGCUCGAGGCGUGGACUUCCCAGCGGUCGACUGGGUCGUCCAGGCCGACUGCCCCGAGGACGCGGACACAUACAUUCACCGCGUAGGGCGAACAGCGCGGUACGAGAGCAAAGGUCGGGCCGUACUCUUCUUAGAACCCAGCGAGGAAGCUGGUUUUCUCAAGCGGCUCGAGCAGAAGAAAGUUCCAUUGCAAAAAGUCAACGUCCGCGAAAACAAGAAGAAGAGCAUCAAAAACGAGCUUCAAAGCUACAACUUCCAGUCACCCGACCUGAAAUACCUUGGCCAAAAGGCUUUCAUCUCCUACACCCGCUCCAUCUACCUCCAAAAAGACAAGGAAGUUUUCAACUUCAACAAACUCGACCUCGACGGCUAUGCCGCAUCGCUUGGCCUAGCAGGCACACCACAGAUCAAGUACCAAAAGGGCGAUGACAUCAAGCGCCUGAAGAAUGCCUCUCGCGCCGCCAUCUCCAGCGGCUCCGAAUCCGACUCGGACGACGAGGGCAAGCCCAAGAAGGACAAGAAGCAAGUCCGGACCAAAUACGAAAAGAUGGCCGAGCGCCAAAACCAAGACAUCCUCUCCUCCCACUACCGCAAGCUUCUCGGCGAGGACGGCGACGCGGCCGCCUCUGACGACGACGACGAUUUCCUCUCGGUCAAACGAGUACUCGCGGACGACGCCCAAAUCGACGCUGCCGCAGGCGGCGACGCCACAAACACCACCACAACCGAACCCAAAGUCAUCAAACUCGGCAACUCCGAACUCAUCAUCGACUCCAACCGCCGUGAGAAACUCCUCAAAUCCAAAAAGAAACUCCUCAAAUACAUGGACAAGGGUACCAAGCUGGUCUUCGACGACGACGGGGUCGCCCGCCCCGUCUAUGAGCUGCAGGACGAGGACGACUUUGCGCAGCAGGGCCCCGCCGCCGCCCUGCGCCAGCAGUUUGUCGCGGCCGAGUCCGAGAAGGUCAAGGAGGCGGAUGUGGACGAUAAGCAGGCGGCGAAGAUGCGCCGGAGGGAGAAGAGGGAGCGGCAGAAGGCCAGGGAGCGCGGGGAGGAGCUGGAGAGGGUGGGUGCUGGUGGUGGUGGUGGUGGUGUGGCGAUGUUGGAUGGUGGGGAGGGUGAUGAGGGCGACGAGGACCCGCUUGCGCUGCUGCGGUCGUUGCCUAUUGCUGGGGAGGAGAGUGAUGGUGGGCGUGGCGGUGGUGGGGAGGAUGAGGGUGAUGAUGGGGAGGUGGAACCGCCGAGGAAGAAGGCGAGGAAGUGGUUCCAGGAUGAUUCGGACCAGGAGGAGGAGGAGAGGCAGAAGAAGAAGAAGGGAGGCAAGAAGGUUAUUGAGAUGGCCGAGGAGCCGGAGAAUCUCGAGGAUCUGGAAGCCUUGGCGGCUGGGUUGCUGGAGGAUUAG